AUGACCGAGCAUUCCAGGUUCAGUGGGAGCCGUAGGGCAGUCCCUAGUCCCCCAAGUUGUCAAGCUAGAAGUUGCGUUAACACUUGGAAGGUUAUGAUAAAAGCUGUGUUAGCCUCAGGUACCUGGGUAGGGCUGUGUUGGGAGCCCUUGGGUCUGAUUCAUCUCCCAGUUACGCUUCAGUGUGCGGUAGUCAUGCUCGAGCUCGACGUUCUUAGCAUGAAGAUGGUCAUAUUUCUCAGACAUCCUGGUGACACUGGCGCGGAGGCUCUCCAGUUCUGCCUGGAGAUUGGGCAUCUGCUGAAGGUCUUCUCUGGGAGGUACCCCCAUGGGGGAUAUGGUGCUGAGUCCCCUGGCUAUCCUCAGUAG